UAUAUAAUGGACUAUUGUACUGUUGAACAAUAAUUCAACAAGAACAUCGGCUUCAUGAGCGUAAUGGUGAAUUCGGUGGUGCAUAUCUUAUUAGCUUCGAGUUUAUAUGCGGCUGUGGAAGCAAACAGUUCUGAACCAAAGCCAAGAAAGGCGAACAGAUACCUUCUUGAGAAGUGGGGAAAAUGGUAUACAUUUUGUGACAUCAAUCAUGAUGGUGUGAUAUCUCUGGAAGACCCUAAACAUUUUGAGAGUUUUUACAAGGGUUAUGAUUGCGCAAGAGAUGAAAAGCAGAGCUCUUCAUUGGAAACAAUGGUUCAACUAUGGAAGGCAGUCCAUUUAUUCAACAACACGGAAAUCUCUCAAGCCGAAUUUGUACAAACAGUUAAGCAACAAUUUGAAUCAAACAAUACCGCUUUCUAUGAGUUGGUUCGUGUGUAUAUGUCUGAAUUGAGCAAAUUCAUAGAUUGUAAUGCAGACGACCUAAUAUCAAACGACGAAUUUCUAACGCUCCUGAACGCUUUGGGACACAACAAUACAGCACAAAAUGAAAAACAAUUCUUUUCCAUACCGGAUAUUAAUGGAAAAGUCCCCCCAGCAGUUGUAGUUGCAAAUUUCAUGCGCUUUGUAUUUGAAAACGACAAAUCAAAGCCGGACAUUUUCAAAAACUCACUUGAUUAUGGUAUAUAAGGUUUAUACAAAAGUGUGUGUUUAAUUGUGUAAAAGUAUAUUAGAUGUGUAAUCUAUUAUAAGGAAAAUAAAUAUGUUCAUGUAAAACAAUAAUUUC